UUAGGUUAUUUCGGAACAUGCAUUCAGGAGGAAAUUUGUCGCCAUGGCUUCUGUGGAAGCCGCUGGUUCCACGGCAUCUGCAGAAUCUUUGGUGGUUAAGCCACCAUCCCACCCAACCUAUGAUAUCAAGGCCGUCAUCGCUCUCGCCCUCGCCGAAGAUGCGGGAGACCUAGGAGAUGUAACAUCUUUAGCCACAAUUCCUUCUGAAAUGGAAGUUGAAGCCCAAUUCAUUGCUAAGGAAGAUGGUGUCAUUGCUGGGAUUGCCCUUGCUGAGAUGAUUUUUGAUCAGCUGGAUCCUUCAUUAAAGGUUGAGUGGUCUGUGAGAGAUGGAAAUUACAUUAGGAAAGGCAUGCAAUUUGGAAAAGUAUAUGGAUGUGCACACAGUAUUGUUGUAGUCGAAAGGGUUGCACUGAACUUCAUGCAGAGAAUGAGUGGAAUAGCGACUUUCACUAAGUCCAUGGCUGAUGCCGCAUAUCCUGCAAUGAUUUUAGAGACGAGAAAAACAGCACCGGGUCUACGCUUGGUCGAUAAGUGGGCGGUGCUAAUUGGGGGAGGAAAGAAUCAUCGAAUGGGCCUGUUUGACAUGGUGAUGAUAAAAGAUAACCAUAUAUCGAUCGCUGGUGGUGUUGUAAAUGCUUUGAAAUCAGUCGAUUCGUUCUUGAAAAAGAAGAAUCUUAAGAUUCCUGUCGAGAUUGAGACAAGGACAUUAGAGGAAGUGAAGGAUGUUCUAAACUACGCGAGCAAAACUGUGUGUUCCUUAACUCGAAUAAUGCUUGACAACAUGGUGAUUCCACUGCCAAAUGGGGAUGUUGAUGUAACAAUGCUUAAAGAAGCUGUGGAAAUGAUUGAUGGAAGAUUUGAGACCGAGGCUUCUGGAAAUGUUACGCUUGAAACCGUGAAGAAAAUAGGGGAAACUGGUGUCACCUACAUUUCUAGUGGGGCAUUGACACAUUCAGUAAAGGCACUUGAUAUUUCUCUCAAGAUUGAUACUGAUCUCGCUCUUCGAGUGGCAAGGCGCACAAAUCGAGCUUAAUCUUCAUCGCAGGCAAUUAUGACUCAACCCUUCCUCUUCUUUCAAGCAAUAUUUUCU